CUGCUCUGAUCUGAGGAGCUGUUCACUGAAGCAGAUGCGCAGUGGAGCUAGUAUGGUCCCUUAACGAGAAAUUCGUGCCAUCGCCGUUCAUUCAACGGCCCGUUUAUCCCGUUCUGGACUCCAGACCAUCCAUCAGUUCACACCAAACCCGAUCAGCUGAUUAGAAGCCGGAAUAGCCCGCAUUGCAUGACCUUGCAUUGAAUGUCAUAGACGGGAUUUUUUUAAAGCACCGACACGGUCAUGGAUAUUGUCACACAUUUGAUCAACGACACCAUAGAGUUCUACAAAUGGACCCUGACCAUUGCAGACAAGCGAGUGGAGAAAUGGCCUCUGAUGGACAACCCUCUGCCCACGCUGGCCAUCAGCACCUCCUACCUGCUCUUCCUCUGGCUGGGACCCAAAUACAUGAAGAACAGGGAGCCCUUCCAGCUCCGCAAAACCCUCAUCGUCUACAACUUCAGCAUGGUCUUCCUCAACUUCUUCAUCUUUAAAGAGCUGUUUAUGGCUGCGCGGGCGGCUCGAUACAGUUACAUCUGUCAACCUGUGGACUAUUCCGAUGAUCCCAAUGAAGUCAGGGUGGCAGGAGCUCUGUGGUGGUAUUUUAUCUCCAAGGGAAUUGAGUAUCUGGACACCGUGUUUUUCAUCCUGAGGAAAAAAUUCAACCAGGUUACCUUCCUGCACGUCUACCACCACUGCACCAUGUUCACGCUCUGGUGGAUCGGCAUCAAAUGGGUGGCAGGAGGGCAGUCAUUCUUUGGUGCACACAUGAACGCAAUGAUCCAUGUCUUGAUGUAUCUGUAUUAUGGUCUGGCCUCCUGCGGACCAAAGAUCCAAAAGUACCUGUGGUGGAAGAAGUAUUUGACUAUUAUCCAGAUGAUUCAGUUUCACGUCACCAUCGGUCACACGGCUCUGUCGCUCUAUGUCAACUGCGACUUCCCCCACUGGAUGCACUACUCGCUCAUCUGCUACGCCAUCACCUUCAUCAUCCUGUUCGGCAACUUCUACUACCAGACCUACCGCCGCCAGCAGCCUGCAAGACGCGACGCCUCAUCCUCCUCCAAAGCAGGCAAAGCUCUCUCCAACGGCGCCCUCAACGGGCUCAGCAAAGCCGCCAACGGAGCCGUUCUGAUGAGCAGCAAAGAGGAGAAGCCCCAGGAGAACUCUGGGAGGAGAAAGAGGAAAGGACGGGCUAAAAGAGAUUAGAUGAAGGGGAGCCGGAGAGGUUCAGGUGAGGUUGGACCUUGCUUUGGCUUCUAGGUUGAGAGUGCUAAAACAUGCAAGACUUAAUUUGAGGCAGAUUUGGAUGGAUGGAUGUGUUCAGGUGUGAUGUGUUCAUUUAAGCCAUGAUCUGAGUUUUGUAGAUAAAACAUGAGGCAGGCCUUUGUUGAGAGAGGAUGGUUCUGUUAGUAAGAGGUGUCAAAGGUCAACACUAAGAUGACCAUUAUCACAAAUAACCCAAAAUACAGUAGUGGCUGGUCUGGGAUAGAUCUUUGUAUUCCUUCUCUUUAUUGUGGUGCCAAGUGCGCUAGGUGUGGUUGAAAAAGUGACUUUCAGCAACUAAAAACUGAGUCUGAACAGGAAACAGAGUUUACUGGUCCCCUUUGGCAUGCUGGGAAAGCUACAUACAUAAAUGCACCUGAACUGCUUUAAAAAGAUUAUAAACUUAUAUUAGCAAACACUGCUGUACUGAGACAGGAAUACACAUCAUAACACAUGCACAAACAUGUCAGUUUAUAUUAUUUUUUGGUUGUUCACCUGUACAGAUAUAAAGCUGAUGAUAACUAUCAUGUCAUUUCUUUCCUCAUCCUAUUCAAGCUAGUGUUGAUGUUACCUGAGAGAGACUUUUAAGUUUACAGUUCUGCUGAUACUGACGCCUCUGCAAAUAUCCAUUUAUAUGUGCAGAUGAAAUUGUCUUAUUUAUUUUGGGAUGUGGACUCUAACUUCUGAGCUGUCAUCCUUUAGCGCUCAGAUAUAUUCUAAGGAAGGAAAAUGAAUCCAGAGGUUUACAUAGAAAGAGGAAGAAUAAAUUUCAGGCCCUUUGAGAGUCAGAGGAUACUGUUCUGUCGCUGUUUUAAGAUGGAAUAAUGAUCAGCUGUAGCUCAUGUAGGGAUGAAAUUUACUGGUUUUAUUUCUGUGUACAACCAUAAACCUAUUUUGUAUAUCCCUACAUGUCUGUAAUGUGAUGAAAUGUCAUGAAUAUUAUCCAGAGAAACAAUGGAUCUGAUGAUUAUCUCAGUGUCUCCCCCUCUGACAGAGCAGCUGUUCUUUCGUCUUUGCAGAUGUUUACCUGUCUUUUUAUAUUAUAUCCUCUCUGAAGUUGUAGUUUGUCUUCGACGCUGGUGAACAUGUUGUGUGCCGAACAAAGACGUGCUGGUGGUGUUUUGGGUUCCCUUUUGUAUUUAUGGAGAAUUCAGAACUAGCGUACAGCCACUUUUUAUCAUGUGAACUACCUUUGGCACUGUUUUCUUUAAUUAUCUUCACAUAUUCAAUCAAAUAUCGUUUUGCAUCUGAGCUUUUCAGGCUUGAAUUAUGUCCUGAGCUGGCUUGAAUGUAAAUUUCUUGAUGUUAUUUAUUGGUUUAUUGGUUAUUUAUUGUUCUGUAAAUACCGAUUUCCAUUUAGCUGAGAGUGCUUGUCUGUGUAUUUGUCUUCUUUUUGUGUUGUAUAUAUUACAUUGUGAUAUUUUGUACACUGCGCAUUUGGGAGUGUUCCCACCUUGUUAGCUUGGAUAUUUAUACAUCCACAUUUCUUGUAUGUGUGUUUUUUCUUUCUUUCCUUCCUUCUUUCUUUUGGUAUCAUAUCUUUGAAGUCUCUUCAAAUUAAAUUAAACUGAAUGCCUGUACAAACA